GAAAUCAAAAUUGUGCGGUUAAUAAAUCAUCUUCAGCAAGUUUCACGUUCCACAGAAAUAAGCAGCGGAAAGUGUACUUAUUAGCUAUAAAAUAAAUAAAUAAACUUCUAUCUUGAUUGAACCAGAACAUUGAUUAAUACUUUUUUUUCUAAUUUUCCUUUUAUUAAACCGGGAAAGAAUUAUAAAUCUUUAAAAUAGAGAUUUAAUUACUGUCCAUAGGUUUAAAAAAAUGUUUAAGUGGAAUUGGAUUCCUAACUUAAUCUUAGUUUCCAGAGCUAAAUUAUCUAGAAGCCCUGCUGUUUAUUAUCCAAAAAUCUAUACCAAAACUGGAGAUAAAGGAACAUCUUCAACUUUUACUGGGGAAAGAAGAUAUAAAGAUGAUGACAUUUUUGAAGCUCUAGGUACCACUGAUGAAUUAACAAGUGCAAUUGGAUUUGCAAGAGAAUUUUUGCCAGAUAGUUGUCAAAAUAUUAACAUUCAACUACAAGAAGUGCAGUGUAUUAUUCAAGAUCUAGCUGCAUCUGUUGCAACUCCAAAAAGUUCUCAAAAAGCUUAUCAUGAAGCCAAAACUAAAUUUCCUCCUGAACAUGUUGAUGUGUUAGAAAAUUGGAUUGAUGAACAUACUAAAACUCUUCCACCUUUAAAUAAUUUUAUUCUCCCUUCUGGAGGACCUGGUAGUGCAGCACUUCAUAUUGCUAGAUCUAUUUGUAGGCGAGCUGAGCGACGAGUUGUUCCUCUUGUGAGAGAUCAUGAGGUUGAUGAAGCACCCAUGCGAUACUUAAACAGGCUCAGUGAUUAUUUGUUUACUGUUGCGAGAGUCUCUGGUCUAGCUGCUGGUCGAGAAGAGUUUAUUUAUUGGCAACCUAAACCAAAUUUAAAGAAAGAAAAAUGAUAUACAUCAAGUUUCUGUUUAUUUAUUUCCUAACUAACCACGUAAAUUUAUGAAUAGUUAAGAUUGUCAUACAUAAAUUUUUUUUAUUGAUAUUUAUUCGAAUUUUAUACUUUUUAUAUUAUCUUAUAGAAAUACUAAUCGUAUAUAUAUUUUUAAUUGCAUUUAUACUAUAAAUUAAUAUUUCUGUUGAGAAGUAAAUGUGAUAAAAGAAUUUUACCACUUAAAAUAUGGUUUAAAUUCAUGCAACUUUGUAUUUUAUAUUUUCUCCUUUUAUUUUAAUUUCUGUCAGAUACUUUUGAAGGAAUAUACUUUAAAAGUGUUCUUUGAAUUUUCAGAAAAGUUUUAUUUAAUGCUUUAUAAAGUUUUACAAAGCAUAUAUUUUCUCUUUUGGGAACAUGGCAUUCUACUUAGUGAUUUGAUUACUUAUUAAAUUUAUCGUUCUAUGAACAAAGAUGAAAGAUAACAAAAGAAUCUCGUCUAUCAAUUUAUGCAACAAAAUUUAUGUGAUCUAUUUCUAAGAAACUCACUUUUUUUUAUAAUACUCUGAUUUUUCUCAUAUUCUUAUUAAACUGCCGCUCAAUUUUAUGAAUAGUUAAGAAUUUGUUUUUCAUAAGCAUUUUGAUUAAUAUUUAAACAGACAUUAUAUUUCUUAUAUUAUUUUAAAGGAAUGCUUAUUGCAUAUAUCUUUAAUUGCAUUUAUAAUUUCAUGUAACUUUGUAUUUUAUAUUUUCUCCUUUUAUUUCAAUUUCUAUCAUAUACUUUUGAAGGAAUAUACUUUAAAGUGUUCUUUGAAUUUUCAGAAAAGUUUUAUUUAAUGCUUGAUAAAGUUUUACAAAGCAUUUAUUUUCUCUUUUGAAAAAUGAAUAAAAGAAUCUCAUAUAUCAAUUUAUGCAACAAAAUUAAUGUGAUCUUUUUCUAAGAAACCCACUUUUUUUCUUAAUACUCUGAUUUCUUAUAUUCAAUGUGAUAAGAUAGACAAGUAAAUGUGAUAAAAUAGUUUUAUCUCAUAAAAUAUGGUUUAAUUUCAGGUUAUUAUGCAUUUUAAAGUUUCUCUUUUUAUUUCCAUUUUUAUCCCAAACUUUUCAAAAAAAUAUACUUUGAAGAGUUCUUUGGAUUGUAAAAAACUUUUCUAUAUAAUGCUUGAUAAAGUUUUACAAAGCAUUUAUUUCCUGUUUGGGUUGACAUGGCGUUCUACUUAGUGAUGUUAUUAUUUAUGAAAUCUGUCUUUCUCUUUCUCAUGCAUUUUUGUUUUGAACAAAGAUGAAAAAUGAAUAAAAGAAUCUCUUCUAUCAAUUUAUGCAACAAAAUUAAUAUGAUGUGCUUCUAAGAAACUUAAUUUUUAUAAGACUGCUUUUCUCAAAUUCUUAAUUAAAUUGCCAAAUCUGUGUUCAUUGUACGUCUGUGUGCAGAGAGUUUUAAAUAUAUAAUGUGUUUUUCUGUUUAUAGAACUUUUAUAUGACUUAAAAGAAAAUGUUACUUUAAGUUAUUGUGUAACUGGAAAUACUGUUCUGAAAUAGUUAUCCUGUAGCAUAAAGGUCUUAUGUAAUGUAACGAAUUCUGUUAUCAUUUAAAGUAUAUUAAAACUCUGUACUGUGAAUGAA